UGCCAACAACGCACAAGUCGGUUCACGCAACAUGUCUCUUGUUCCUCCCGAUAACUUCCAACACAUUCUUCGUCUUCUCAACACUAACGUUGAUGGCAAGAACAAGGUCAUGUACGCCUUGACUCAAAUCAAGGGUGUUGGUCGCCGUUAUGCCAACAUUGCCUGCAAGAAGGCUGAUGUUGACAUGUCCAAGCGUGCUGGUGAGCUUACCACUGAGGAGUUGGAGCGUCUCGUUACCAUCGUCCAAAACCCCACUCAGUUCAAGAUCCCUGCCUGGUUCCUUAACCGUCAAAAGGACAUCACUGAUGGCAAGUCUUACCAACUCUUGGCCAACAACGUCGACAGCAAGCUCCGUGACGAUCUUGAGCGUCUCAAGAAGAUCCAAGCCCACCGUGGUCUCCGUCACGCCUUGGACCUUCGUGUCCGUGGUCAACACACCAAGACCACUGGUCGUCGUGGUAAGACUGUUGGUGUCUCCAAGAAGAAGUAGACAGUAAUUGUAAUCUUCUGCUUUUGCCGGCCUACUGAGUGUAUUGUAUUCUUGUAGUCGUAUUGGAAUUAAAUGUGGACCCGGUUUUUCGUUUUA